AUGAUCGAAGCCUGGAUGACAGCCAUCUGCGACUGCUCGUUAUAUCCAACGGGAGAGCAUGCACUUCAGGCAUUUAGUCGCACCUUGGUUUUUGAUCAAAGUCGGAACUGGUAUUGGCAGGAUGUAUAUCCAGGAUUCGACGUUGGCAAGGGAUUCUCCCACUGGAUGCUCUCCUAUCUAUCGGAGUGGCCUCAUUCUGACGCCAGAAAUCAUGAGGGAGAAGCGAAUUUCUUCGUCACAGGGAUCCGAGACAGCCUCUUCAAGCGAAUUGUGCAAGAGGCUAUGGAAUCUAUCCAAACGGAUGAGGAGACGUGGUAUUUGCAGACAAGUUUGGAAGGAAACGAGGAUGCACUCAUUUUUCAGGACUUAGCGAUGAUGUGUACCCAAGAAACCUCUUUUUCCACUACGGUAAAGGGUUACAUGGGGCAGGGUUUGCAAGGAAUUAAAGCAGGUGAUGAAAUACUUCUCGUGGCAGGUGUUUCGAGACCUUUGAUUGCUCGCAGGAUGGGCGAGAGAUAUAGGCUGAUAGGACAAGCAUAUGUGCAUGGGGUUAUGUAUGGGGAGAAGUGGCCUGUGGAUGAGAGCGAGUUGGUGGAUAUUAUGUUUCAGUGA